CUAGAGAUACAAAUUUAUGUAGAUUAUGACAGUGCCAACUCAUGAAUAUUAUAUGCAAAUCACAUCAUUGCUGCACUCAUUAGUUAUCUCAUGGUACUCUGUAUAAUUCAUGCAUGGUCAGUUUUCAAAUCAUAUAUCUAUGGUCGUAGAACUUGAACCCAACAAUAUUUUAAUUGCGAGGACCUAACUUUGUUGCUUGAGAAAGGUCUCGUUGGUCAUGAAAAUCAUGUGGGACUAAGGUUUUCAGCAAUGGAAAAUUGAUGAGAUUUUACACUGCCCUUUUCGGCCCCGUUCACCUGUCAGUAUGCGGUUCUUGGCAAUUAGAUGAAUAAUUGUAACCUGAAAGAUACAAAAGGGAUUGAUUCUAGUGCUAGCAAGCACAUGCCAAUUAACAGCUUUUGUCAGGACAUGUGCACGUCCGAAAUUUCAAAAUCCUUUACAGUUUUAUGUCUUUUAAAGGUUAGAGGUGUUUUUGUAAGUUUUAAGACUCUUCGGUAGUAGUAGUUUAAACUACCCCUAACCCCAUCUCUGUUUUCUAUAAAUACACACACACAUACACACAUGAAUGGAUACUCCAUGCAAGAGUGCAUGCAAGUACAAAUACAAACUCAGGACUGCCAUUCUCGCCAAAACAUGCCAUCUGAUCGCACCACUGUGUUUCCUCCAAAAUAUUUGCAACAGGAAGAAACACUAGCCGAAGAAUGCAAGAACCUGAUCUCCACUCUACCCAAAGAAAAGGGAUGGCUAGCAUCUCACCUGUACCAGUAUCAAGGUUUCUGGUAUGCAGCCAGACAUCUCCAAGGUGUAAUUUCAUGUCAAAAACACUUCCAGGCUCAAGAUUCUGACAUAUUCCUCGUUACCAUUCCCAAAUCAGGCACCACUUGGUUGAAAGCAAUCAUAUUCACCUUAGUGAACCGGAAACGAUAUCCUGUUGUCAAGAAUCACCCUCUGAUCAGCCACAAUCCUCAUGAUCUUGUCCCGUUCUUGGAGAUCAAGCUCUAUGCUGAUAACCAAAUCCCCGAUAUAGUUUCCUCUCCGUCUCCGAGGCUUUUCUCCACUCAUCUGCCUUACGUUUCUCUACCAGAAUCUGCUAAAAAUAGCUCUAAGAGCAAGCUUGUUUACCUCUGCAGAAACCCAAAGGACACUUUUGUGUCCCUUUGGCACUUCACAAACAAGUUAAGGCUCCAAGAAAUGGGAUCAAACUCCAUGGGAGAGGUCUUUGAGCUCUACUCUAAGGGAGUCAGCCUGUUCGGGCCCUUUUGGGAUCAUGUCCAGGAGUACUGGAAACAAAGCCUGGAAAAUCCUGACAGGAUUCUGUUCCUGAAGUUUGAGGAUAUGAAAGAGCGACCUGCCGUUCAUUUGCGGCGCCUCGCGGAGUUUUUGGGCUGCCCUUUUGAGGGAUACGAAGAGGAAUCUGGGCUGGUGGAGGAAAUCUUGAAGUUGUGCAGCUUUGAUAAUCUGAGCGGCCUGGAAGUUAACAAGACAGGGAAAUUGUCGUCCGGAGAGGAGAAUAAUGCGUUCUUUCGUCGGGGUGAAAUCGGGGACUGGAAGAAUUACCUGGACGCUGUUAUGAUUGAAAAACUUGAUCGAAUUACUGAAGAGAAGUUCAGGGGAUCAGGAUUAGUGAUGUAAUAUUCAUCCACGUGGAUAAUAACGAAUUCAAAGCCAUGAUUAUCUGUGGUUCUUUGCUUUUUAGUUAUGAUUUUUAAUUUUUAUGGCUUGUUGUGUGUACAAGGGGAAGGACAUGUCUUGUUUAUUACAUGCAUUCUCAUCUUUUUAAUGUUUGAAUUCAAGAUUUAACUUUU